AAAAAGAACGGAGUGAAUCUGUUCAAAAAUCGGAUUGGCUUCCUGUCAAACCUUAGUUGACAUUUUGAUGACGUAUUAUAUACUAAUAUGCGGUAUAUGAUUUCAGAGGCGUGGAUUAAAGUGCAAUGUGAUAUAAAGCGACUGAACUGUCGUGUUUACUGAAUGAUUAUUCAAGGUUUUACGAAGGAAGCAGUGAAGCGAACUUUAUAGGAGAAUAUACAAAAGUCUGAAAUUAUGGCAAGUUUGAUAUGGAGCCUCCUUUGUCUAGUGUGUGUAUUGUAUAGUGUCCUCUCACAAGACGUCGAUGUCGAGAAUGCAAGAGAACCUGCUUGUUUGUUUGCCGAGAAUAACUAUAAACUUGACGAAUGUUUCGAGGAUCCUAACAGCUGCAACAGAUGCUGCUGUAGAGACUUUGCUGGAGACUUUGCUGUCACGUGUACACGAAUGUUCUGCCCUAAGGAAACAAGCAAAGAAGUUGUAUGUGAAUAUAAAGGUAAACAAUACGGUCUCAAUGAAAACUUCUUAUCAACUGAUGGCUGCAAUACGUGCCAAUGCACAGAAGGAGGAAAAGUCGCAUGUACUGAAAUGUUCUGCGGGGAUUCAAUUGAGAAUAACAAGGAAGAAAAGGUUGAACACAUCGAGGAUAAUUUCGUGUGUGAGUUUAGGGGAGAGCGUUACAACACGAUGGACAGUUUCGACGCAAAAGAUGGCUGUAAUGUGUGCACCUGCAACGCCGAUGGUACAGUCUCUUGCACUCAAAGAGAAUGCUCCGAUUUAGAAGAGAGCGGACCUUUGUAUGAAUUUUCGCCCGAGGGUGCUGAGGCCCAUAACGAAGAUACACUAGAUGUUGAAAAGGCAAGCAUGUGCUCCUAUUCAGGAAAAACAUACAUGGAAGGUGAAAGCUUCAUGGCUGACGACGGCUGCAAUAAAUGUAAUUGCGCAAAAGGUGGCGCCAUUGCUUGUACCAUGAUGUUUUGCGUUGGUAAAAACACAGACGGCAUGGGUAUAUGUUCUUAUAAUGGAAAAUCAUAUAAUUUGGGAGACAAGUUCAAAUCAUCGGACGGAUGUAAUACAUGUAACUGUGACACGAGUGGAAACGUUGCAUGUACUCAAAUGAUAUGUGAUGGAAACAAUGCUGCUGAUGUGGAUCAGAACGCGUCAUAUAAAUCCGAAGAAAGAUCAGGUGCAGGCCAAGUUGCUUGGAGUUGUGCUCUCUUUGCAUCCAUUUUAGCUGUGGUUGCUUGAACAGUCCAAAUUCAUAGAUGUAGAUGUGUAAACUUAUUUAAACGUAGGCUAUCUCGGUGAAAAAACUAUGUCAGAAUACGUCCAAGAGAUAAUCCAGUAACAAUGUAGUAGCAAAGGUAGCACUCAAAUAUUUCCAUCACCUCUAUACUACACAGUUGCUCAUAUAUCUAGAAUAUUCUUAACUACAACAAUUACAAAAGAAAUGUUUAGUAAUAAAAGCGUUUACCAAUAUUUUGAAAGCGUUUGGUUUAUUUUUCCAAAUUAAACUGCGGAAAAAUAGUUGAAGAAUCUCGAUUCAUUAAAUUUUUUAUUAUGUCCAAGUUGAAAUCGAAGCAACCAAUGGCAAGUUGGAAAUUAUUCCAUAUACAUGUAUAUGAGCAACGUGGUAAGAGAGGUUUUCUCGUGCGACAUAAUCAAAAUGAGACCUUAUAUAUCACGGUUAAAACGAAUCCCAAGCUCCCAAGUAAUAAACAAUAUACUAACUGAUUACUACUUUACUGAACUACACCCUCAAAAAGUUUGCAAUUUUAACUCCAAAUUGAGCAUGCUAAAAUCUGCUUAUGUUUUUGAAUUUCUAUUUUCAUUUGCAUAACUCGUGAUUAGAGUAUUUAUUUUGAUGCUGGAAAUAUAUUUAUUUGGAGUCCAAUUUUCUCAACUAUUUCUACAUCAUUCUAUGUUUGGCUGAAUCAGCGACGAUGAAAUGGCGUGACGAAGGUUAGUCAUAGACCAAUUGAUACAUU